AUGGGCUCUCCACUUCUCUUGACAAAGCGAAAAUGCCGUCAUGUAUUCAUGGUAUUGACACGUUUGCCCCCAAGCAAGUUCAGAGUGAAGUGCUCGUCACCUAGUUCACUUGACAACAGUAUCGCACCACGUGCCCGCACCGCCAGGUAUCCAAUCACCUGCUCUUUCCAAUUUCGUCCAAUUUCCCGACGUCACAGUUCACUACGCACAAUCUGCUGUGCGAGUAUAUAUUCUGCCGUCACUCGUCUCAAACUGAACGUUCGCACCUCACAACACAAAGCCCUUUCCCUGAACGCAACAGCGUUCCCCACUCAAGCUCUACUUCUAAACAUUCAGUUCAACGUCACUAUUGUUGCAAUCAUGUCUUCCACUCCAUCCAAGAAGGAUACCCAUGAUGAAGCUCAGUCCUCCUCGUCCGCCGAGCGCAAGGAUCUCAAGAACGUCGCAGAUCUCGAUGACUUUCCCUCCGACGCCAGUGAAUACGGUUCCACUGUCAGCAACGAGGCUACUCAAGCUUCGAACCGUACUGAAGACCAGCGCGGGAAGAUGGCCUCUGCCAUGCGUGGCAAGAUGCGAGGUGGAGGUGCGAUCCCAAGCGACAUGAUGGAGCAGUAUGGUGUCAAUGUCGACGAUAGUGACGAAGGAUGGGUCGACAUCAUCGACGUGCCUAUGAAUUGGAACGAACUGACCGAAGCUGAACGCAACAAAGCGAUCCCUGGUUCGUACCCUGAUGAGGAUGCCAGCACUGCAGUUAAUGUUGACGGCACCGCUGAGCCUGGCGCUGCUAAGAACGUCACUGGUAAGAAGUAUCCUUUCUUUGUUCUACAAACACACGGAGAUUCUCCUGCUCCGUCCGCCAAUAGCACCAACAUUGGAAUCAGUCGCACAAAGGCGAUCAGCGUCGUCAAUGAAUCUUUCAUAAAUCUCAUACACCAGAAGAGAGUUGCUACGUUCGGAGAAGACUCUGACUCUGACGAUGAAGCUGCGGCCGAGGCGCACAACAAGCGCAUGAUCGAGUUCGAGAUCGAUGCCAAGAAUGCUCGCGAGAUGCUUGGUGUCCCACCAAUCCUGCGCCUCGAGCCGCUCCCCAAAACUUCACCAGAGCGCCAGAUCGCCUACGAGCGUCUGAUUGUUCUCCUUCGCAAGCGCUGGGCCGAGUCCCGCGACGCCGCGUCCCCGCCUACCGCACUCGACCUGAUCACCGACCUGGCUGCUGAGAUCCGCUUGGAAUGCGAGCGCAGCAUCCCGCACUUUGUGCCCAACAACGUCUUCGCCGCCCGCACCGCGGUCCUGGUCCCCUGGCGUCGUCGCGUCGUUCUCCUCUUCGAGAACGAGUGGAUGGUCUGGCUGGCCGCAGAGGCGGAGAAGGGAGAAGGGGUGAGCGAGGGCAUCGGCGCCAAGGGCGAGGUGUUCCCCAGGUCCGGAUACCCGGACUGGGAGGCGAAGUACGGAAAGGCGUUUGGACAUUAG